AUGAGCGUCUCCAAAUCUGAACCAAUCCUUAUCAUUGGAGGUGGUGCCUUUGGUCUCUCAACAGUCGUGCACCUCCUCAGAGCUGGCUACAGGGACAUCACCGUUCUCGACAAAGAUGAAGAGAUCCCCUCUCGAUGGUCUGCAGCGAAUGACCUCAACAAAAUCGUGCGCGCAGAAUACGAAGACCCUCUGUACCAAGACCUCACAGUGACCAGCGCUGAUCCAUUGACCAAUCAGAAAGCCAUUGAGGCCUGGCAGACUCCCCUGUUCGCUCCGCAUUUCCACCAAGUGGGUUUCCUGCACUGUGUUUCCAGCAAAGCACCAAAAGAAGCGCUUGACACGCUCAAUCGCUUCCGCGCUGCUGCUGAAAGAGAUCCUCGCAUGAGAUCUUAUCUUUCGCCACUUGACAGCCAGAAGGAUAUUGCAGAUGCUGUUUGGCAGUACAAGGGCAGCGCGUUUCCUGGGUGGAAUGGGUACUUUAAUAGGUUCGACGGGUACGCGCACUCAGGAAACGCGUUGAAGUCCAUUUUUCUGGCGACACGGGCUCAAGGUGUGAAGUACAUCCUUGGUGCAGCAGGUGCCGUGUCUGAGAUUGUCUACGAGAAGACUUCGUCUGGUCGCAAAGCAAAGGGUGUCAAAACCACUGGCGGGUUGUUUUAUCCCUCUAAUCUGGUCAUUGUAUCCGUCGGCGCGGCCGGUGCAAAGCUGGUCCCCGAGAUUGGCAAACAGCUCGUCGCAAAGUCAUGGUCUGUGGCUCACCUACAUCUCACCGACGACGAGACAUCUGCUCUUCGUGGUAUCCCAGUGACAUACGCUCGCGAUCUCGGCUUCUUCUUUGAACCUGAUCCCAAAACAAACCUUCUCAAGCUAUGUCCCAUGGGCGGUGGUUUCAUCAACACUGACCCUAAGACUGGAAUUUCGCAUGCACCUACAGAUUUAAAGCAGAGUGCUUUCUUACCUGAAGGUGACGAGAAACAGCUUCGUGAGCUUGUUCGCCAAACGCUUCCUCAGUUCGCUGACCGGCCGUUCGUGAAGAAGACACUUUGUUGGUUCGCUGACACAGCGGACUCGGACUUUAUCAUCGACUACGUGCCCAACACGUCUUCGUCGGUGCUAUUCUUGUCUGGAGAUAGUGGUCAUGGGUUCAAGUUCUUCCCUAUCUUUGGCGGAUUUGUGAAGGAUCUGUUGCGGUCGGAGAAGGGAGAGCAACCUGAAGCGAGAUGGAGGUGGAAGAACCCCAAGACCGAUGAAGGAAAUGGCGAUUGGGGAGGUGCUGUGAGCUGGAGACUUGGCAACUCGACUGAACUUGUGGAUAUACAGCCUGUUGGUCAGAGCAAGCUCUGA